AUGCCUGCCGUCAAGGAGUCUGUCCUUGGCCAUAUGGUCGACAUCCUCAGCGGCCCGUGGGCUGCCAUAAAUGGCGGCAAGACGACCAAGAAGCCGCUCUUCCGCCCGUCACCGCUUCUUGACAUCGUCGACAUCCGCAGCGACAAGGUAAAGAUCAACCUCAAGGACGAGGUUGCCUCACAAAUCACGGCCCGCAAGCUCCCCACGCUGUUGCUCUACGACCAGAAGGGUCUGCAGUUGUUCGAGCAUAUCACCUAUUUGGACGAGUACUACCUCACCAACGACGAGAUCGAGCUGCUCAAGAGGUCCUCUGCCGAGCUUGCCAACCACAUCCCGGCCGGGUCCAUGCUGAUUGAGUUGGGGAGCGGAAACCUGCGCAAGGUCUGCCUCCUCCUUCAGGCCUUCGAGGACCAGGCCAAGCCCAUCGACUAUUAUGCCCUUGACUUGUCGCAGGAGGAGCUGGAGCGCACCUUGUCGCACGUUCCGGCCUUCAAGCACGUCGCCUGCCAUGGUCUGCUCGGCACCUACGACGACGGCCGCCAGUGGCUGAAGCAGGAGUCGCUCAUGCGCAGGCCCAAGUGUAUCCUGACGCUCGGCUCAAGCAUCGGCAACUUCCAUCGUGAUGACGCUGCCGAGUUCCUUCAAGACUUUGCCGAUCUGCUGCGGUCCGAAAGGGACAGCAUCAUCGUAGGUCUCGAUUCGUGCGGGGACCCCAUGAAGAUCUAUCGUGCAUACAACGGUACGAACAUCCUCAGGGGCGACUACAGCAAGGGCAUCACCCACCAGUUCUCCCUCAACGGCCUCGCCCACGCCAACGCCAUUUACGGCGAGCAAAUCUUCAACCUCGACGAGUGGGAGGCCGUGGGCGAGUAUGUCUACGACGAAGAGGGCGGCCGCCACCAGGCUUUCGUGUCCCCCAUCUGCGAGACUACGGUGCUCGGGUCGGUGAUCAAGCCGCGCGAGCGCAUCCAGAUCGAGCAGAGCCUCAAGUACUCGCCUAUCGGAUCCGAGAGGCUUUGGAAGCAAGCCGGCCUCACCGAGGUCGCGUCGUGGAGCCACAACGACGAGUACGGCCUCCAUCUUCUCCAGAGGGCGCCCCUGCCGUUCAGCAGAGUGCCCAGCAUCUACGCCGCCGACGUGCUCCCCACCCUGACCGACUGGGAAUCCCUCUGGGCCGCCUGGGACAUCAUCACGACCGGCAUGCUCCCGCCACAGGGGCACGCCGAGAAGCCCAUCAAGCUGCGCAACGCCUGCAUCUUUUACCUCGGCCACAUCCCCACCUUCCUCGACAUGCAGCUUUCCAAGACGACGGCCGAGCCGCCCGUCGAACCGCGCGCGUACCACGCCAUCUUCGAGCGCGGCAUCGACCCCGACGUCGACAACCCGCAGCAGUGCCACGACCACUCUGUCAUCCCUGAUGAGUGGCCGCCCGUUGACGAGAUCUCCGCCUACCAGGGCCGCGUGCGCGCCCGCCUGCAGCGCCUGUACGCCAGCGGACCCCUUCCUCGACACGUCGCUCGCGCCGUCUGGGUCGGCUUCGAGCACGAGGCCAUGCACAUCGAGACGCUGCUGUACAUGAUGCUGCAGAGCGACCGGACCCUGCCGCCGCCCCGCACCGUCGUGCCGGACUUUGAGCGCAUGGCCAAGAAGGCCUACGACGCGCGCGUACCGAACGAGUGGUUCGACGUGCCGGCCCGCACCGUCGCCGUCGGCAUGGACGACCCCGAGGACGGCACCGACCCUGCCCGCCACUUUGGAUGGGACAAUGAGAAGCCUGCUCGCAUGGAGGCGGUGCACGCGUUCCAAGCCAAGGCUCGUCCCAUCACCAACGAGGAGUACGCUCAGUACAUGUACGGGUGCAACGUCGGCCAAAUGCCCGCGUCAUGGUCCUCGUUCGCGUCCACCAACGGCACCGAAACGUCCAACGGCUGCUCGAAUGCGGCCCCCAGAGGUUCCAUGAGCCCCAACAGCAUCCGCUCAACUCUCCCGGACGAUUUCCUCCACAGCAAGGCCGUUCGCACCGUCUACGGCCUCGUGCCCCUGAAGCUCGCCCUCGACUGGCCCGUCUUUGCCUCGUAUGACGAGCUUGCCCGCUGCGCCUCGUGGAUGGGCGGUCGCAUCCCGACCUUUGAGGAGGCCAAAAGCAUCUACGCCCAUGUCGAGGCGCAGAAAGAGUUGUUGACCCAGAGCAAGUUGGACCGCAAGGUCCCGGCCGUAAACGGGCACCUCGUCAACGACGGUGUUGAAGAAACACCCCCAUCGACAAGUCCCCCCUUCCACUCCGUCGACGGCAGCACCUCGUCGCUGUUCAUCGACCUCGGCGGCGCCAACAUCGGCUUCAAACACUGGCACCCUCUGCCCGUGACCGGCACCGGCUCUCUCGCCGGCCAGGCGGGCAUGGGCGGUGCCUGGGAGUGGACUAGCACCCCCUUGAGCCGACGCGCCGACUUCACGCCCAUGAGCCUGUACCCGGCCUACACGUCCGACUUCUUCGACGGUAAGCACAACAUUGUCCUCGGCGGCUCGUGGGCCACGCACCCGCGCAUCGCCGGCCGGAAGAGCUUCGUCAACUGGUACCAGCGCAACUAUCCGUACCCGUGGGUUGGCGCACGUCUGGUCAGGGAUGCGAGCGUCGUCGGCCUUUGGUGA